UGCAACAUUAUACACAACUAUUCCACGUUUAUACUCUGGAAGGUCAUGGUUACAUAUUAGUUUGAUCAAAACGGUCAGUUUAUAUAAAACCAUUUGAGGGAUUGGAUCAUCUUUUCAGCCACAGAGGGACCCAUUUCAAAUAUUGCGCACGCUGUGCACAAAUUCCUACCCCGAGUGUGUGUUGUUCUCAUCGAUUUCGAACAUUUUUUAUUCGGUCGCGUAUUUUAUUCGAUUUUUUUUCGAUUUCCGAAAUAAUUAUUGAAUCUAUUUUUUAUGAAAAAAAUCGAUUCUUUGUGCUUAUCGUGUUCAAUUUCCGUGUUUUUAUCGCUUAAGUCAAAAGAUCUAAGCAUUGUUAAUUUCAUAUUGGAAAAUCCAAUAUCAAUUUUAAAGAACUGAAAUGAAAGAAUUGACUUUUUAACCGUUAUUUUCAAAGUGAUUUAUUUUUAAACGGUAGUAAUUUUUCGUAAAAUCAUUUAACAAGUGUAUCAAAAAACUGAUUUUCAAAACAUUGAAACUAAAAAAAAAAAUAAAAAAAGAACAAUGGAAACGUGUGUUUUAAUUCCACAAGAGUUGUCACUGGCUGUGACAGCAGCUGGUGCACGCAAUUCAGGCGAACAAUCCGUAUCGGUAUGGUCAUCGACAAGAAUCAAGCAGGGAGAACUAUAUUAUCCAUUCCAAGGAACCGUACGCAUUGACAAACUCAACAUUUACUCAUAUAUAGAAAAUGAAGAUAUUCGCCACAGAUUCGGUUUAUAUGAUGAAAUUUCUAUUUCGAAUGGUUUUCGUGUGCGUCACUGCAAUUGGAUCCGAUUUUUGAGGGUGUCUAAGACAUAUGGACCACAGGUCAAUGUAGUUUGUGCAAAAGUGAACGGUGAACCAGUGUAUGAGAUACACAGACCAAUCGCUGCACAUCAAGAAUUAGUUGUAUAUUAUUUGGCUGAACGGCCCGAAGAGUUGUUAUUUGUACACAUGCGAAGCACACUCUAUCGGCGUACAAUGGAUUCAAUCCUAGAAGAGUCACCGCUCGAUUUAUCGAUGUCAUUAUUAUCGCGUGUGAUGCUGCCCAUCAGUCCGCCGUCGGGUGGUGAAGACGAGCACAAAUCCGUGUCAGGCGAAUCACUAACAUCAUCUUCAUCAGCGGCAAGCAGUGCUGGUGAUUUAAUGGAUGCAUCGAUCACAAUGCCACGCACAUCACCAAAAGCCCGGCCGACACGAGGCGAACGUGCACUUCUACCAUGCGAAGUGUGCGGCAAAGCAUUCGAUCGUCCGUCUCUAUUAAAGCGACACAUGCGUACUCACACCGGUGAAAAGCCGCAUGUUUGCUUGGUUUGCGGUAAAGGAUUUAGCACAUCAAGCUCAUUGAACACACAUCGACGCAUCCAUAGUGGCGAAAAGCCACAUCAGUGCCAAGUGUGCGGGAAACGUUUCACAGCCAGUUCGAAUUUAUACUAUCAUCGCAUGACGCACAUCAAGGAAAAACCACAUAAAUGUAGCCUUUGUUCGAAAUCCUUCCCAACGCCUGGCGAUUUGAAAUCGCAUAUGUAUGUGCACAGUGGUUCAUGGCCAUUCAAAUGUCACAUCUGUUCCAGAGGCUUUUCAAAGCACACGAAUCUCAAAAACCAUCUCUUCUUGCACACCGGUGAUAAACCACAUUCCUGUGAGCUGUGCAACAAAAAAUUCGCUCUUGCCUGUAAUUUACGGGCUCAUAUGAAAACACAUGAAGGUGAACCACAAGAAGAAUGUGUCCGCUGUGGUAAAAUGUUUAUUUUAUCUGGUGAUUUGAAUAAAGGUGCAUGCGGUAAAUGUCUAGGUAUCGUUCCAAACCGAGAUCAAUUGAAAUCGACACCGUUUCGUUCGUCAGGCGAAUCAUCGGGCACAGAAGAAGACGAAGAAGAAUCGUCGAACGAUAUUCCGUGAUUAAUGAAAAUGUAGACAGAAUAUCACACAGCAUACACGCACACACAGAUCGAUCGAUCGAUCGAUUUGACUUAUGACCGUAUCCGUCAAUGUAGACAUUGUCGUCGUCGUAUCAUCAUCAUGUUAAUUUUUCCAUUGCAUUUCAUUUAAUAUACGCACGCCCGUCAUGCAUCAUCCUACUUCAGAGACGAACGCAUAACGACAACAACAACAACAACAAAUUAUUUAUCAUUAUUAACAAUAUCAUAUUCUCUUCCCAAACAUACUCGUAUAUCCAUUUCAAUACCAAAUGACUUCGAUCAUAAUUUUAUGCUAACGCACACAAAUACACACUCACAUCACUUGUAACUAAAAUAAUAUGGCACUAAAGAAUCCGAUCAUAUCAUAGUUUUUUAAGGGGUUUCGAUUUUUCAUAUCAUUUCGAAAGUGGAAUCGAUAGUUUGCGAAUCUUGUAUAUAUAAUCUCUGAUCCAUCGAAAAAGCAUUGCUGAUAAAUGCAUUGUUUUUUUUAUAUGGAGGCUUAAAAGUCGACACUUGAUUACUUUUUGAUAUUAUGCACUUGUCCCUUUUUCUAUUAUUAAGUUUAACAUUUUUUCCUCUCUUAUAUCAAAGACUGUUGAGUUGAUUUUUUAUCUUUUAAUGAAUCAAUCAUAAACGAAACAUUCCUUAUUAAAUCCGUCCAAAAAUGACAUUCAUAUCCAUUGAAUGUGGUCUUUUUGAGAGUUUAUUUUUUGUAACCCUUAUUAAGUCUCAUUUUCUUCACUCAUCUAUGUUUGUCACUCUUAUUACUUUGAAUAUAAGUUUAUUUAUAUAUAUAUUUUAUGUAUCCACUAAACUAUUUGGAAUUUAUAUUCAGUUUAUAGUCACCCCAAAAUUAAAUUGAAGAAACUGAAAAAAUCUCUAUUCAAAUAAUAAAUGCUCAUCUUUUGAAAUGAAAAUGUCGGUAGAUAAAAAUUUUGGUUAUUUCCAUAACAAAUCUCGGAAUAUUAUUGGGCUCGAUCAAGCUCAAGGUGCAAGCAAUUCCGUGUUAAUAUGAAAAUAACCAGUUUUGUUUUGGCAAUUACUUUUUCAUGAGAAUUCAAUCAAGUUAUAUUUUAUAUGCUGUAAAUACAAAUAAUAUGUGUACCUAAAUAUCAUUAUGCAUUAAGAUAGAUAUAGAAUCUUUACACUCAAAUGAGCACACAGAUACACGCACACAGAUGAGUUUAAAAAAAACGCUGUACAUUAUUAUUAUCAAUUCAAGUAUUAAAAUUCGAGCAUAAUUUUAUCGAAAAAAAAA